UUAAACUGCGGUGAGCUGCGAAGGAAAACAGUCUGAUGAGAAACCAACCACGGUGGAGGGCAGAGAAGAAGACUGGACUGUUUCUCCACGAAGAGGACAACAUGAAAACAGGAAAAAUAAAACUCUGGUUUUUCAUACAUCUACAGUGUCUCCUGAUUGUAGAUUUAGUCGACUCCUCCUCUCUGCCCUCCACCCGGUCCCUGUCCAUCACCUCCAUGGUGGGCAGCCAGGCGGUUCUUCCCUGCAGCUGGAAGGACCGUCUGGGUGAAGCUCCGACCUUCUGCCACGUCCAGUGGGCCACGCUGUCGGACACGGUGUUCGAACAGCGGGGUAACGACCGGUAUCAGGGGGCCGAGUUCAGGGGUCGGGUGAAGGUGCCGGAGGAGCAGCUGGGAUCCGGGGAUUGUUCCCUGAUCAUCAGCGACGUCCAGAUCGGAGACACCGGGAGAUACGAGAGCUUCAUGGUAGUGGACGGACAGAGGUCCAGAGGAACCCGGGUCUUCAUCCAGAGCGUCAAGCUGUCCGUGUUCGACCAUAAAUCCCAUCAGUCUCGUUGUCCUGGUGGUGACCUGGUGGUGGACCUCCACACUCCUCGCUCCGUCAGAUUGGUGUUUCAGGGCAGGAACAGCUCGGUGUGGUCGGACGUGUGGAUGAGGGGGGAUAAAAACACUCGGCAUCUGGAGAAACAUCCUCUCCAGGAGCAGCUGACCAUCAGAAAUCUGAAGAAGUCUGAUGAAGGAACGUACAAAGUUCUGGACGGACAGGGCCUGGCCGUCAGCACCGUGCAGCUCUCAGUGGAAGAAAACUCCACGGCUGCCAGAGUCGAUCCGAUGCUGGAACACCGACCAACAGGUGCUGCCGUCCACAGCAGAUGCUCACAUCUUCUCCUCGUGCCUCUACUCGUCUGGAGUUUCCACAUCCUUCAUGUUUUCUAAGUCAGUCUCUCUGGAAAUCAGCUGCAGGAACAUGAAGCUCCACACUACAGACAGCAGCAGAAUACUGAUGGAUCUAAAGCCUAAACUUUAAAACCACUCACUAAUCUCUCCGUUAAAUAUGAAACUCAGGUUAGCUUAGCUUAGCAUAAACGCUGGAAAACAUCUCAAAUCAUUUUUCAAACAAGUUCUGCUCAACCAUCUCUGAUUGGUCUGAGAUUGUUAAAAUCUGGAUAUAUAGAAGAUAUUUAUAAGACAUUUGUGGGAUUUUAGCUCAUAUCUAGUCUAUAUCAAUAUCUCAGGAAGAACUGAAGAUAAAAGCUGUUUCUUCAUCCCAUCAUUCAGAAAAUGAAGUAUUGGACAACUAGAUGAGACAGUUUGGAUUAUGUCAGGAGAAGUCUCAUCUUUAAGCACAAAUUAACAAAAUAAAAUGCAGAACUCAGCGAGUGGUACCUUCUGAUAAAUACAUAUUUCAUAUCACAAUAGAACAAAACAUAGAAUUCUUUGUAACAUGAAAUAUUAAUCACAAAAAUGAGAAUAAAGUUAUUUUUCAUUUAGCCUUUAGGACUGAUUGGGCAGAUAUGAAAAGUUGUUCAAAAACCCAGAUAUAAUAAUAAUAAUAAUAGUAAAAAUAAUAACCCAGAUAUUGUUCUUCUUCUUAUUAUUAUUAUUAAUCUAAAAAAAAUUGAUAAUCUCAGUCUAACAGAGUUCUGGAUUUCAUGGUGGUUCUCCAAAUAUAAUUAAUAACUUUUGAAUUAUCUGUGAUUCGAUCAUUAUAAACAUAAUAAAACCAAACACCAUCCUCUGUUGGAGUGGUGGAAUAUAUAUUUAUUGGUAAUCUGAUGAACUUAUGUGAGCAAAACCUUAGAGGUAAAUUUAUUCUCAAUAAAGAAUACAUUUACCUUUAAAGUCUUUCUGACAUCAGUUCAUCAUAUUAACAUUAAAUAUAUAUAAUCAGACGGCCGGAUUUAGUUUUAUUAUAAAGAUCCUGAUGACUGGAUGUGGAGAUAAUUCAGAGAAAUUAAACUACAGAAAUCUACUUCACACCAAAGGUUUAUUCCCUCUAAAUGGAAUCUGAAAAUAAAUGAAUAAUUAAUUUGCUCACAAGAAAUAAAAUCUUUUUCCUAGAGAACCAUUUUGAAACUCCAGAAAUCUGUUGCAUCCACCAGUAAUAACUCUUCAUUCCUGCUCAGUUCUAAAAGUUCAACUGGAGUAACUUUAUUCUGGUUUUCCUGAACAAAUACUUCAUAUUAAGAAGUUCUCUGUGUAUUUAGUUCUGGAUUAUUUAACAUGAAGCUACAGUUUGUUUCUGUAUUAUCAGUUUAAAUUUAUACUGUUUGAUCAGUUUAUAUUUAUUCUGAGUCGAUGUCGAGAUGAGAAAUUACAGGAGAAAUUUAAUGUUUUAUUUUUAUCACUUCCUGAGAUGUUUUAUUUUUUAGAUUUAAUUUCAAACAAACAUCCUGAAAACGGCUGACGUCCACUGUAAUGAAAACUCUUUUUUUUUUUGGAAACACUCGAUCUGUGAGGGUAAAAUCUGACAGAUGUUUUUGUAAAUAUCCAGAUUGUAUGAAUCAGAUGUUUGAUGAUGAUCUGAGAUGGAGAAACAGCGAAGCUUUGAUGAAUCCACAAACACCUCCAGAGAUCACAGAUGACCAGCUCCUCCAUGUUCCCGAUGGACAACUUAUUAAUGAAUGUCUUUGUUUAAAAAUGUUCUGCUUUAUGGGUCAAUAAUGAGCCGAUCAUCACAUUAGUUCAUCAGACUGUGAAAAAUCCACCUUUCUUUUUCUUUAAUUCUUCAUGAAACGUUAGUAAAUGAUUGAAUUAAUGCUCGUUUCUGAACCUUUUAGGGGAAAACACAGAAACAGGAGAUAAACCCAGUCUGAAAGAUUUAAGUCUUUUUUAUGUUCGUGAAAUCUAAUAUUUGAGAAGAAAAGAGCCAAUAAUCACUGUUAAACUGAUGUAGACACAGAGUUUGAAGAAUUAAAGCGUUUAAGAGUCCGAUAGGUGGUUUGAACCAGUUUAUGGUCAAUAGUUUAGAGGUUUAUUGAUUUAUUAUUUCAGUGUGGGUUUCUCAGUCAGCUGGUUGUUGGUUUGGUGGCAGCUGCAGAUAAAAGCAGUUCUAUGUUUAAUGUGAGCUCAUGUUUAUGUAUUAAAGUGGUGUUUUAUUAAAUUGUAAAUCGUGUGUGUAAAGUCAUCAGUGAGUUUUCAGUCAGUUUCGCUCCUACAUUCACUGUCUGCUGUGACAAUUUAAAACCGUUUAACAGAUAAUUUAGAAAAUGUUUGUCUUUGAACCGGAAGGAAAGAAGUUCCAGAAGCUAAAUCACAAAAUAACAGCAAAUCUAUUAGAGAGUUCUAGAAUCAGCAUGAAGCAGCUAACAGGACAAAGAAUGAAGUGAAACCAUCAACCAGAGCUGAAAGUACAAAGUACUAUAACCUGAAUUAUCCACGUUUAUAAUGAACGAUUAACACCCAUUUAUAUUUAUGUUAUUGAAGUGUUAAAAUUCCUCAGAAUAAAAUAAUAAUCAGUAACUAAUCCUGAAUGUAAUUGUAAAGAAAACUAAGAAAAAAAAACUAAGAUUUUGUCUUUAUUAGAAUUAACUGUAAUGUAGUUCUGUUUCAUUGCUGUGAUCUGUUUAGUGUGAAAAUGUUCCAUUAAUAAAAUCAUUACUAAACUCAUUUAACUGCAUGUAUAAAUAAAAGUAUUAAUAUGAAGUGGAUUACUGUGUGCAUUACUGAACAUUUCUGAAUGGAAUAAAGAGGUGAAGAACCAGCA